GCUUGUAAGGACCUUCAACAAAUAUUUCUGCAAUCUUAUAUUGGGGAAAAGGUUGCUUAUCCAGAAAAUUAUCCAGUGGUGAAAGGAUAUCAAGGUAACUUGAACUGCUCCUGGAAAAUCAGCACAGUUGCGGGAUAUGAGAUUGUGUUUUAUUCGAAAUGGGAGUGCGACGCAAAUGUAUAUUUCAGUCUAUAUUAUGACCCAUCAGAUUUAACAAAGAGCGAUAGUUGUGUCAGCUGUCCCAGACCGAAACAAUAUUGUAGCACAAUCACACAAACUGGAUCAUCGGAAAUUGUUCUGACCUUUAGAACGUCGUCUCCCUCUACGGAAGGUGGCUUUCAGUUUCGUUUCAUGUCUGUUGAAAAGAAGAAAGUCGACACCUGUGGCCUUAAUGAAGAGACACUACUUGCAGAAUCGACACCUAAAUUCAUCACAUCUCCAGGGUUUCCAUCGCAAUAUAAAAGUAAUUUGCAGUGCUCAUGGACAGUGAAACCUGCUAAAGAGAAAAUGGACAUUCGUUUAGUUUUUGAGUUCCGGUCUCAGUAUUUAGACAAAGGCACCAGCGGCUGCUCUGAUUACGUAAUGAUAGAGGGUCUAGGUGAAUUUUGUGAAGAUAUGGAAAAAAAUAUUUUACGGACAUCCGAAAGAAUCUUAUUAAAUGAUACAACAACAAUGGUGCGGUUUGUGAGCGACGUUGGCUUUACUUACAGCGGUUUUGUUUUGGCUUUUUAUGUUGAAGACAAAGUGAAACCAUGUCCUUGUCAAAAUGGAGGUAGAUGCUUGAAUUCUACAUGUGUUUGUUCGCUUGGUUAUAAAGACAGCAACUGUGAGAUAGAAUCCUUAGAAAUUCUUUCCUUUAAAACUAGCAGUGUAUUAUUGCGUGAAGGAAAACCUUUGAAGUUUGAAGUAGAGAUAACGGACGACAGUAUCCCCAAUGUACAAUGGUUUCGCAACGGAAUCGGAAUAACUAGUGCUUCUUUGAGAUAUGUUAGAAAUUCCAUCAUAGCAGCCAAUGGUUCAUUUUUCUUUAUACUAAAGAUAUCCAAUGUUUUGCGACGAGAUGAAGAUUGGACAGUUAAAGCAUCAAAUGGUGUAACUACCUCAUAUAAGAGUAUCCAUAUAAAGGUUCUUCCUAAACUUUUGCUGCAGUUGACACCCCAGUACGACUUCUCAAUUCAAAUAGGCGAAAGUAUAAAUCUUCUAUGUACAGUCAUAAAUCCUGAAUCUCUAAAGUAUUCAACGAACGGAAGUUUAAUCUGGCAGAAAAACGGGAGGAAUAUCGAAACAGAUUUGGACAUUUAUAUAAGUACAACUAAUCUAUCGACGACACUGAGGAAGACAUCAAGACGACUUGGUGAUUCUGGAAGUUAUUUCUGCCUGCAUUCUUCUUAUCCUGAUCCAACAAAUGUUUCCAUCAGUGUAAUGGUAACAAAACCAGAUCAAAAAAGAUGUCCAAAUGAGAUAUUUGAAAGAAUAACAUGGAAUGCAACAAUAGCAGGAACAACUAAAGAAGAAUCCUGUCCCAAAAAUCAAAAAGGAACAGCAACCAGAUAUUGUGAUACUCAAGGUUUAUGGGAAAUCCCUAAUCUGAUUAAUUGUACUAAUGUGGUGUUUGUGAACGCUUCCAAAGAGCUCGACAUUUUGUUAGAAGACGGGGUUAAUAACACAGAAGAAAUACAGAAAACAGUUGACAACACUUUAAUGAUAAUGAAAAACCUAACAUCGGAGGCAGAUGUACUGAGUGCCGGAGAUAUCAGCUCUUCUCUAGAUAUCUUGGAGAAGAUUGUCAACGUUACAAAUUUAACGAGUGUUAACAUAGAAAAAGAGGCGUUUUUUGAAGUUGUUGACAAUGUUUUAUCUACCAAUAAUGCGAAAUCCUGGACAACUGUUCAAGAAAAGACGGAGAAGGAUGGCAGCUUGAUAUUAAAGAAUAUGGAUAGACUUAGUGAAGUCAUCAUGAAAAAUAACAACAUAACAUCAACAAACUUCACUGGCAUAAAUUUUGAGGUGACCGUUGACCGAACGAAUAUAGAUAAAUCAGGGAUAAUUUUUCCAUAUGUCUCUUCAAACGAUACUUCCAGCUCUGUCGAUGAAUAUUCUACCUUUCUCGAAUUGCCAGUACAAGCACAUAUAUCUGACAAAGAUAUAGCUUAUGUUGCUGUAAUAUAUAAGACUAUGUCAGAGAUUUUGCACACCAAUUUAGAUUUAAAAAGAGAAAAUAAUAUGAAAAAAGUGAAAGAAGAUGGGAAAGCGAAGGAUGAUGAAACUAUAAAUUCUGAAAUUUUGUCACUGACUACACAUAUUGAUUUGGGUGAUCUUUUCCCGCCUCUAAAUCUGACUUUUAAUCAUCUCUUCCAGAACAAAAGCAAUAAACAUCAAGCAGUUUGUGUAUCAUGGAAUUUUACUCUAAACAAGUGGUCAUCCAAAGGCUGCAGAGUAAAUUCCACCAACAACAAGAGGACAGUUUGUCAGUGUAACCAUCUAACUAACUUUGCCAUUCUGAUGAGACCGUAUACAUCAGAAAAGGAAGACAAAACCUCACUGAAGACGUUAUCUCUCGUCGGUGUAAUCGUGUCCAUUAUUUUUACAGUUUUAACCUUAAUAAUUUACAUCAUGACGUGGAAACAUAUAAAGAGUGACCAAAAUAUCAUGUUUAUAAAUCUCUGUGGAUCUUUGGUUUUAUCCUAUGUUGUAUUUAUCUCUGCUGUAGAAGAAACAAACAAUGAGGUCUUGUGCAUCGCAAUAACCGCCAUCAUCCAUUAUCUUUUCCUGGUAACCUUUUUCUGUAUGGUGGGGAUGGGUGUCUACUAUUUUAUGAGUAUCACCGUGACCUUUUACGCGAUGCAUGUGGCGAACAAUUUCAAGUCGAAAUCCAGAGUGCACUGGUUUCUUUUGGGAGGAUGGGGUGUUCCAUUAAUCAUUGCGGUUUCAACAUUAGGAGCAUUCUGGGGAAACAACUAUCACACUAAAAAUUACUGCUGGCUUUCAAUGGAAAGUGGUUCCCUUUAUCUGUUUAUUGUCCCAGUGUGCGUCAUUGCUGUGAUAGAUAUACUUAUAAUUGUUUCCUUGAUGCGUGUGUUGUUUGCAACAUCUACAAUGAUCAAGUCACCUCUUCAUAAAAAGGCUGCGUCCGGAUUACGGUCUCUCGGUACACUUGUACCGGUAUUAGGAGUUACCUGGAUAUUUGGAGUCUUAGCUGUAAACGAAAGUGCAGAAGUAUUCCAGUUCAUUUUUAUCAUCACCAAUUCCUUACAGGGACUUUUCAUAUUUGUCUCACAUGUAGUGCUGAACAAAAAGCUAAUCCAAGGUAUAAAGACUCAGUAUCCUUCCCUGAGUGGACUUAGUAUGCUUGCCGAGUCCAGUAGAAAGGAAACGAGUUCUGACAUAUCUGAUCGUCCUAUAGUGAAACCCAAGCAAAAAGGGAUACUUUCCAUCUUUGGAACAUCCUCAAGCAAAAGGACAGCAAAAGCUAAAAAACAAAUAAAGUCAGACUCCUUGUUGACUGAGAACACGGCGUCUACUGAUUACUCGAGUGUCGCUCCACACGAAAAGAUUUGCUUGAUGUUGUCUGAAGGUGCAGCGAAAGAGAAGGAAAGAAAAUUUGAAUGACACAUUCGAAAACACAACCAAUUUAUUUUACAUUCCAAAUAAGGAAAUCGAAGGAACAGUAUGCAGGAGUUUUAAACAGAAUUAAUGAUUUUAAUAGAAACUGAUUAAUUGAUCAGAAAUAUUAAAUGUUCUUUUCACAAACCAAAAAAGUAUUCUAAAUUGCGAUUAUCGUAGUGUGCAAAUUAAAGGUGAUCAUUAUUCUUUCUAGUCACUGAACCUUGGUGACAAAUCAUGCUGUAAACUAAUGUAAUCUGUCUCAAAGUGUAUUGUAUAAAUGGCAAAAAUUUGAUUUCAAAACAAAAAGAGAAAAUAGAAUACAAGUAUAGUGCUAAAGUCGUUUAUAAAGUUAAUACAUUUCUAUUCUAAAACAAGGUUCCUUCCUCAUUGUAAAUCAAAAACUAGUUAAAUCGCAAUCAUAUGGUUUAAUCACAAUUAACUAUUUAGAAAAUGGACCUUUUUAAAUACUCUCAAGAAACAGAUAUUGUACAUGCAUAUUCUUAAUUUGAUUACUUAUGGUACCUCAUUUGAACUGUUUUGAACAUAUUUUGUUUUGCUGCAUUUUCAUUAUCAUCCAACAUUUAAGUUAUUCUCAAAGUAAGGUAAAAUUCAAGAAUUUUUCCUUUAAAACAUUCAAAGAAAAGAUGAAAUAUAUUGAUUGCAAACAAUAUGAAACAUAUGAAUGAAUUGUAAAAGAACUAUAUGUACAUGCGGUACAUGCAUAUUUUUGCACCCACAAAAGUCAUAUUUUGAAAAUAUCUUGAAAUGUGCUGAAUUGUAUAUAUUGCUUGGGAAAUCUAAAUUAACAAAAAAUAUUGUAGUUUCGAAGUAGGUUUUUAGCAAUUUUUGUUUCUAUGACGUCACAAACUAUUCGGAUUUUGUGUUGUUUUUCAGAAAGAGGAAAAAAUGGACAAAAUUUGUUCAAUUUUUACUAUAAAAUUUAUAGAGCGCGGGCCUGCUCCAGAACAAUAUUUACACAUUUCAUUGAUAAUAUCAUUCUACACAUUAUAUCAAAAUAAUUAGUUGGAGCAGACCUUCGCUCCGUGACUUUUACUCAAAAUAUUGACGUAAUAUAC